AUGAUGAAAAGAAAACAUAAGAAAUGGGAGGAUAUUUUAGAAGACGUCACAGCAAAUUAUAAUGCAACUCCACACUCUGCAAUAAAGAUGGCGCCAGAGGACGUGAAUCAGAGCAACAGAGAUUCAGUCUUUGCCACUCUGUAUCCUGACAUCGACAAGAAAGCAACUCCAAGAUUAAAAAUUGGAAAUAUUGUAAGACUUAAACUAGAGAAGAGCCUUUUUGACAAAGGAUACGCUCAAAAUUGGUCCACAGAGCUUUAUCAGAUCCUCGACGUUCGGCAACGAGCUGGCAUUGUCUGGUAUAAAGUUGGAGACCUUGACGGCAAGCGUGUUGAUGGAAUAAAAUAUUAUUACGAGUUGAACAAGGUCGCAGAUGAUUUUGAAUCUUUACGAACAUAA